AGCUAAUGAGAAAGGAGGCAUCGUCUGGGAGCCAUACAGCUGGACUAGGCAGUGAAAAAAGCUGCUGACAGCAGCUCUAAGGGAAGGGACUGGGAGACAAUAACCCGCCUCAUCCUGUCGUCGUUAUUGCCUUAGAAGGCUUGAGCAUGUCUCUCUGAUGCCAUCAAAGAAGAUGAGCAGAGCUGAGUUCUCCUACUGCUCCCCAUAGAGUCCCCUGAAGCCAACGGCUGCGAUUAGAUAGGAACUAGGUCGGCACACUGAGAGACCACCAGCAGCUGCCAGCAUGUGGUCUCUGCUGCUGACUCCUCUCUGCCUGAUCACUGUAUUCCUGCUCUUAGAGGCGCCCAUGGCUGAAGUCUUUGUUUAUGUGGUCUACAAGCAGAACUCCACCUGCACAGAUUUUAGAGCGUUGUCUGCCUGCCUGGGGCCUCCUGUCCCGAGAGAGGGCCUGAGGGGUUAUCUGAUUGAGGCAGCACCUGCAAACGCCUGUCACCCUAUCGGGGGUCCACCAGCAGGCGGCAAUUCCUCGGCAGCCUUCAUCGCGCUCAUAAGUAGGUAUGACUGCCCGCUGGGGGUUAAGAUCCUUCAUGCUCAGCAAGCUGGCUAUCAAGCUGCUAUUGUCCACAACGUGAACUCAGAGAAACUGGUGACAAUGGUGACCAACGUUGAAGAAAUCAGGCAGAAGGUUGGAAUUCCUUCUGUCUUUACUGGGGAAUCAGCCUCCAAGCAGCUGAGAAGGGUUAUGGGCUCUGAAAAAGGCAUUCAUGUUACUCUAGUGGUACCUGAACAUUAUCAUAAUCCCUGCUGGGACAAUGCAAAGCUCUCCAUCGGGGACACUGCUAGGCACUACUGGGAUCUCCAGUUUGGAUAUUGCUCCAAACGCAUGAUUUCUCUUUUCAUCCAGGAGUUUGGCAUAGCAAUCGGCAUGAUCGUGUGCACCCUGCUGGUUGUGGGCUGCAUGAGAUGGUGCAGGAAGAGCCAGAAGAUAACCGUGAGCACAUUCAAAACGGGAGACAAGUACGUUACAUGUGUGAUCUGUAUGGCCGAGUAUGAAGAAGGAGACCAGCUGAAGAUCCUCCCUUGUUCUCAUGUCUAUCAUGGCACGUGCAUAGAUUCGUGGCUUCUCAUCCAGCCCCAGCGUAAGACCUGUCCAAUCUGCAAACAGCAAGUGACUGUUGCCAGAUAGACCUUUGACAUGGACAUGCAUCGAAAUGUCCCUCUGCAAGUGUAAAACGUUUUAGAUGAGGGAAAAUAAAAUGAGUUUGA